AGAAAAACCUGCUGCAGCAGAGAGAGGACAGGCGGAUAAUAAUCAUGUCAGCCUCCUGGAAGCAGCUCCUCUUUCAGCUCCUCCUGCUUGUCGUCUCCUGCAGACACGUCAAUACAAAGACAGCUGGUCCAACGCCAACGUCGCUGCCACAGGAUCCCGUCAGUCCUCUCCCAGCAGCUGUGAGGAGUGUCGUCCUGAAAGGUAAAAGUGAGACUGAGAAGGUUGUCGUGGUGAAUCCUGUCAGUCUGACGCUGGAGUGUACCUGGACCGGAAAUCACAACAAACUGCCGAACAUAACCGGUUACUGGAGGAAAGAUGGGAAUGAGAUCGAGAACAGCCGCCUCACAGUGCAGCUGGAGAACAAGCAGUAUAAUCUCAUGAGAGAGUUCAGCAUUGCAAAUGAAGAAGACCUCGGAAACUACUCAUGCUUAUUUGGAAGUGAAGCAAAAAUAGAUUUUAUCUUGGCAGCUCCACAGAUGGGUGAGGUGCGAGAUAAACCGAUAGUCAGCUAUGUGGGCGAUUCUGUGGUGAUACUGUGUAAAAUGGAGGAAAGCAAACCACAGCCCAGCACCUGGCACUGGUUUAAAGCCAAUGGUACAGACAAGGAGCAGAUUGACGUCGCUGCAGAGCCUCUCCGGUAUGAAAUCAAGAACGACAAUGGGAAAACCAGGCUGGUGGUGCACAACGUGACGGAGGCCGACUCUGGCUUGUAUUACUGCGGUGCUGUGUACGCCAUCACUACCACGCUGAGCCACGUGGAGCUGAAGGUCAUCACCUUUUACGAGCCCCUGAAGCCCUUCUUAUCCAUCCUGGUCGAGGUGAUCAUCCUGGUCGCCGUCAUCCUGCUCUACGAGAAGAGUCAGUCAAAGAAGAACGAACCUGCGGCAGGAAACGUGACGAACGCCGACAGCACCAACACGCUGACUCAGGGAGAAAAUAGCGGACAGGAGGGAAGUUCAUCAAUGAGACAGCGCAAAGUCUGAAGACUGUGACACACUCUGCUUUUAUUCAAAUGUGAAUGAUUGAGCUUUAAAGCAAUAUUUCAUUUAUUUGAUCAAUAAUAAUGAAGUGCAAUAAUCACAACUGAUUCUAUUUUGUUGUUGUUGUUGUUAGUUGCAUAUCAGGUUUCCUCUUUACGUACCAGCUCUGGAAGAUUUUCUUGCUUCCUUUUUUUCAAUGGAAGAUUUUAUCAUUUUCUCAUCAACAAUGGUGUCAUGACAGCUUUGAACCCUGAACACCUUCAUUUCCUGUCGUCUAACUGUGAAAAUGUGGUUGGCUUCACACAUCACAAUGCCUCAUAUCUUAUUUAUCAAAAAGGAAGUACGCAGUCUUCCUUUUAAGGUAUCGACUUAAAACCUCAACUAAUCUGUCCUGCUGUUGCAUUUUCGCUUUGUGGCAGUGCCUUACACUCUCAAAAGAAAAAAAAAGCAAUUACCAGCUAUUCACACUGUGCUUGCAAUAACUUUUUGUCACUUAUUAGAGUUUGUCCUAGAAGAACUGUGCCUGAUAUAAUGAUGUCUAAAUACUGUCAAUAAAGAUAUAUCAUCACAUAUGCAGAUGUUUCUGUAUCUUUUUUUAUGUUAAUGAAUCAGAAGCUCAUAUUUUCCCAUAAUCAAGACUUCAACUGUAAACUUUGUGUUUUUCAUUGUCAAAAUGCACUUUAGCUCACUGUUGUACCACCGUGUGUA